GUACAGUCGCGUCGGUUAAUAGUGUUAUGUUAAAAAUCGUGACUGAAGAAACUUGAUACAAAUAUAUAUUUUAAUUUUUUUUUUUCCUUUAUCAUCAUGUAUACGGAUGUAAUAUUUAAACGAUUCACUUUUUAGAAGUGAUAAUGAUAGGUAGCUUCGAUGAUACGUCGUUGAUUUAUAUCAUAGUGACACAUCCACGCUUGUUGAAGAUACAUUAACUCGCGCGCUAGUAUCGCGUUCAGUUGGUUUCGUUCAUUCGAGAGUUUGAGGAUCUCGAAAGCUUGGUGUCGGUUAGACGUGAAUUUAAACAAUCACUCGCAUGCUGUGAGUGACAAGAGUGAAAAUUAAUAUUCGCGCGCACUCUCGCUCUUUGUAGAGCUUUGAGAAAGAUAUAUACGAAUGGAAUACUUGUUGAAUAGAGAAAAGAGACAAUAAAUAAAUAAAUAAAUAAAUAAAAAGUGUAAAACCAUUAUAAUACGUCAUGCACGAUUUCUCGAAAUUGGAUGGUGAUGAUGGCAGCCUCAAGCGGUUUAUGAAGAGAAAAGAUACGCAGGCAUUCCGCGAAAGGACUAAGAGAGAUGCCCUAAACGAGCUUCAGCAUGAAUUAGAGAAACUUGAGGCAACCGCAACAGGCGAUAUCAAGGAGGAAAUUCAUCGACAAUUCGAUGGCUUUACUCAUCUCUUUCGACGAUUCCUCCAAGAAGAAGGACCUUCGUUAGAAUGGGAUCGUAUACAAAAAUUGCCUGACGAUGCGAUAAGAGAUUAUAAUUCCUUGCCAACUCCAGAAGGAGAAGAAGUGAAAACUCUUUUAAGCAAGUUAAUCGUUAUAAAAUUAAAUGGUGGCUUAGGAACUAGUAUGGGCUGUCAUGGUCCAAAAUCUGUAAUAGCAGUACGCAAUGGACUUACGUUUCUUGAUCUGACAGUACAACAAAUUGAGUAUUUAAACAAAACUUAUAAUGCUAAUGUUCCGCUCAUUUUGAUGAAUUCUUUCAAUACGGAUGAUGAUACACAACGAAUUAUCAGAAAAUACAAGGGAAUAGAUGUUAAUAUUCAAACAUUUAAUCAAAGUUGCUAUCCUCGCAUCAAUAGAGAUUCUUUGCUUCCAACUGCAAAACACUGUGAUAUUGCAGAUGAUAUUGAAGCGUGGUAUCCUCCUGGUCAUGGAGAUUUUUACGAAAGUUUUCGAAAUUCAGGUUUAUUAAAAAAAUUUAUAAAAGAGGGACGUGAAUAUUGUUUUAUUUCAAACAUUGAUAAUUUAGGUGCUACUGUAGAUUUCAAAAUUUUGAAAUUAUUAUUAGAUAAACGUGAAGCUUCACCUCUUGAAUUUGUUAUGGAAGUUACUGAUAAAACUCGAGCUGAUGUUAAGGGUGGUACAUUAAUUAAAUAUGAAGAUAAACUACGUUUACUUGAAAUUGCUCAAGUUCCAAAGGAUCAUGUAGAUGAUUUCAAAUCAGUAAAAACAUUCAAGUUUUUCAACACAAAUAAUUUAUGGAUAAAACUUAGCGCUAUUGAAAGGGUACUUGAAAAGAAUUCUUUGAACAUGGAAAUUAUUGUCAAUAAUAAGACUUUUUCAAAUGGUUCAAAUAUCAUUCAAUUAGAAACAGCUGUUGGAGCAGCUAUGAAAUCAUUUGAAGGAAGCAUUGGUAUAAAUGUUCCUCGGAGUAGAUUUUUACCAGUGAAAAAAACUUCAGAUUUAAUGCUUGUUAUGAGUAAUUUAUAUACUCUUCGCAAUGGUUCAUUAGUAAUGAGUCCUCAACGAAUGUUCCCUACUACACCUCUUAUAAAAUUAGGUGAUAAUCAUUUUGCAAAGGUCAAAGAAUUUCUUACUAGAUUUCCAGCAAUUCCAGAUCUUUUGGAAUUAGACCAUUUAACAGUGUCUGGUGAUGUUACUUUUGGAAAAGGUGUAACUCUUAAAGGAACUGUUAUAAUUAUUGCAAAUCAUGGAGAACGUAUUGAUCUUCCAUCAGGCACAAUUUUAGAAAAUAAAAUAGUCUCUGGGAAUUUACGUAUAUUGAAUCAUUAAACAAUGAAAAAAAAAUUUUAUCUAUUGCACAGUAUAAAAAUUAAGAAAAAAAUAUAGUAUAUAUUCAUUUAACAUUACAAAUAAAAUAUGUACAAAAUUUAUAAUUUGUGCAUAAUUAAAUAUUAUUUUGAAAACAAUAAUAAAGAGUUCAUAAAUA